GCCUGAAACACUACUUUUUUAUGCACAAUUCUUCUUGUACGUUCUUACUUUUUACACAAAAUUACUCCAGCAAAACCUCAGCUAGAAGACAUCUUACAGACUCCUGUAAAGGAUAAAAAUAAACAAACCCGACGCAAAUAGCCCAACCCUUCCGCCUGCCUGCGGCGAAUAAGCUUCUUCACUAACGUCGCUCUCAAUGACGUCCACAUAGUGCGCGAGGAGACGCUCGCUCUCGCGGUGUUUAUAUAUAUAUAUGGACACCCGGUAGGAUACACCCGAUGUAAAGGGAUUGACUUUUCUUCUUUUUUUUUUUUUUUUUCUCCCCCCACCCGAUAACGUGUAUGUAGGAUUCCGGCGGGAUGUCGAACGCUGUGACUCGGAGAGGUGGAUCGAGUAUCAGGGUUCGUCUGACAGUUUUAUGUGCCAAGAACUUAGUAAAGAGGGAUUUUUUCAGGUUACCUGAUCCAUUUGCUAAACUAGUUGUAGAUGGAUCUGGUCAGUGCCACUCAACAGACACUGUAAAGAACACAUUGGACCCAAAGUGGAAUCAGCAUUAUGACCUGUAUGUUGGUAAAAUGGAUUCAAUCACAAUCAGCAUCUGGAAUCAUAAGAAAAUUCACAAGAAACAGGGAGCUGGCUUCCUGGGGUGUGUUAGACUAUUAUCCAAUGCCAUUAGCAGAUUGAAAGACACAGGCUACCAGCGCUUGGAUCUAUGCAAAUUAAAUCCCACAGACAGUGAUGCUGUGCGUGGCCAAAUUGUAGUCAGUUUACAGACACGAGAUAGAAUUGGUACGGGUGGUUCUGUUGUUGAUUGCAGAGGACUGCUAGAAAAUGAAGGGACACUUUAUGAAGAUGCUGGCCCUGGCAGGCCCCUUAGUUGUUUCAUGGAUGAACCAGCUCCUUAUACUGAUGGACCAGGUGCAGCUGGAGGAGGAUCCUGCAGGCUAGUAGAAUCUCCAGGUCAAGAACAGAGACUCCAGGCACAGAGGCUUCGUGGACCAGAAGUCCGAGAGCAGACACCUCAAAAUCGAUCCCAUGGGUACCAGUCACAGGACUUGCCUGAAGGUUAUGAACAAAGAACUACAGUUCAGGGGCAGGUGUAUUUCUUGCACACGCAAACAGGUGUCAGCACAUGGCAUGAUCCCCGAAUACCAAGAGACCUUAACAGCGUGAAUUGUGAUGACCUUGGCUCUCUGCCUACUGGAUGGGAGGUUAGAACCACUGUGUCUGGAAGAAUAUACUUUGUAGACCACAAUAAUCGCACAACACAGUUCACAGAUCCAAGACUACAUCACAUCAUAAACCAUCAGUCCCAGCUAAAAGAGCCAAAUCAUUCUAUUCAAAUGCAGAGUGAUGGAUCUAUAGAAGAUGGGGAUGAAUUUCCUGCUCAGAGAUAUGAGAGAGACUUGGUACAAAAACUUAAAGUCCUGAGGCAUGAGUUAUCGUUGCUGCAGCCUCAGGCAGGGCACUGCCGUGUUGAAGUGUCAAGAGAAGAAAUAUUUGAGGAGUCAUAUAGACAAAUAAUGAAGAUGAGACCCAAAGAUCUGAAGAAAAGGUUGAUGGUGAAAUUCCGUGGAGAAGAAGGACUUGAUUAUGGUGGAGUUGCAAGGGAGUGGCUGUAUUUACUAUGCCAUGAAAUGCUGAAUCCAUAUUAUGGACUUUUCCAGUAUUCUACAGACAAUAUUUAUACUCUGCAAAUUAAUCCUGAUUCAUCUAUUAAUCCAGAUCAUUUAUCUUAUUUCCAUUUUGUUGGUCGAAUCAUGGGAUUGGCUGUGUUUCAUGGACACUACAUUAAUGGGGGGUUUACAGUUCCUUUCUACAAACAACUUUUGGGGAAGCCCAUUCAGCUGUCUGACCUGGAAUUUGUGGAUCCAGAGCUGCAUAAAAGCCUGGUUUGGAUUUUAGAGAAUGACAUUACUUCAGUGUUAGACCACACAUUCUGUGUUGAGCACAAUGCAUUUGGCCGACUUCUUCAACAUGAAUUAAAACCAAAUGGCAAGAACCUACAAGUAACAGAAGAAAACAAGAAAGAGUAUGUGAGGUUGUAUGUUAAUUGGAGGUUCAUGAGAGGGAUAGAGGCUCAGUUCUUAGCUCUGCAGAAAGGUUUUAAUGAGCUAAUACCACAACAUCUGUUGAAGCCAUUUGAGCAAAAAGAACUAGAGCUUAUUAUCGGUGGCUUGGAUAAAAUUGACAUCGGUGACUGGAAGGCGAACACUAGACUAAAACACUGCUUAGCUAAUAGCGAUAUUGUACAAUGGUUCUGGCAAGCAGUGGAGUCGUUUGAUGAGGAGAGAAGGGCCAGGCUACUUCAGUUCGUCACCGGCUCUACGCGUGUUCCUCUGCAGGGCUUUAAAGCUCUUCAAGGUUCUACAGGUGCUGCUGGACCCAGACUUUUUACUAUUCAUCUGAUUGAUGCUAACACAGAUAACCUUCCAAAAGCUCACACCUGCUUUAACCGAAUUGACAUUCCUCAUUAUGAAUCAUAUGAAAAGCUCUAUGAGAAAUUACUAACAGCCGUAGAAGAGACUAGUGGUUUUGCUGUGGAAUAAUUUAAACCAAAGGAGACAAUUAGCCCAAGAAAUCAAAACAAACCCACAGACAAGACUCCUGGCCUCUCUUGUAAGAUGUCUUUCUGUCUCCUCAAUUCUCUCCCACUUAUUCUGGGAUUUCAUUGUUUUUUUUUUUGUUUUGAUUUUUUCUAUUUCACAAGAAGUACUCCUCGUCGAUGGCUUGUGGAUAAGCAGGCCGUGUGGUAACAGGCUUGUGAAAACCCAAACAAUUGUUUUUUUUUUUAAGGUGUGUGUUCAUGAAGGACGUAAUAAUGAAAGCGACAGAUUAUGGGAAAUUUUCUGUGGCCGAGUAAUGAAGGGAAAUUGGAAUGAAGCAGAAAAAGAAAUAAAUUUAUUCCGCUCAAUCAUGAAGUUCUGUCGCACAGACGCAAAUUUCCAAGGAAGAUUGAAUUAAGAGUUUUGGCCUAGGUACUAUUUUUGAAAUCUCCAUUGUUAAUUUGAAUCCUACACACUGGCCCCCUACAAUUGCUCCUCAUUGAUGCUUAUCCAAACUGCGGGCUUAGGAAGAACGUGAAGAUGGAAGUCACUUAUUACAUACUGGAAAUUUCAACCUGGUUUGAGUAUUAAAGAAACUGUGAUGAAGCAUUAAGAAUAAUAGAAACCGUUAUCUGAUUCUAGAAAAUGAUUUGACAGACUUGCACAGACACAUUUAUAAGGAACACUAGGGCUCAUAUAUAAACACUGGUCAGAUUUGUCCUUUGGCAUGGCAACCAAUCGGUUUUUGCUCUAAUUGAUCUAUUUGGUGCUGGAUGAGAAAGGUAUUCACUGAUUGGUUGCUAAAAGUUAUCGCCCAAAUGUAAAUUUGCCCGGUGUUGAUAAGUGAGUCCCACGGAGUAAUGACAUAGCAGAUGUGUAUAUUUUAUAUAAAUAUACAUUAGGGUCGACCCUGACCAAAAAACAAAAUUCCCUAUCCAGGGGUCUAGCAAUUACUAGUGUUGCCCCCCUUUACAAAGCCCUUUCCAGACCACAUAAAACCCACUGCUUAAAUGUAAACGGUUUCCCAGCUGCCUAGAUACAGAGCCGCACAGCAAGUUGGCAACCACCAUUUUUAUCGUUAAAUACACUUUUAUGUUUGGAGAAUGAAUUUAAGCAAUUUGACAUUGUUUAAAGUUUGACAUUUAUCUUGCAACAAGGCUGCAGUGGUUAAGCUGAAAGAACCCUUUUAACUCAAAAGCCCAUAUUCUUGGCUUUGUUGUAAGACCAUGUUUCCCUGCUCCAUAACUAUUAAAAUCCUUGAGAAAUGUA